UCUUCAGAAUAAUAUUUUAUACAGAUCAAAAUUUUGCUUUCAAAAAAAAUUUAUUUUCCGGUAAAAAUAUGACAAAAACACAAAUGCACUUUUUGGAGUUAUGAAGAUUACGUGUAUUGCUAUAUUGUUGUUUUUCGUAACGUCACCCAACUAUGGGACGUUGAUUAUAGUUGACAAAUUACGAAAAAAAGCAUUGGAAAUUACACACAACUUUCCAAUUUGUCGGAUUCAUCAUAACAGGAAUGAAAUACAAAUAUUGUUGGAAAAUAAUCCAUUGUUGGUGUUCGAAUCAAAGUAUGUUGAAUCAAUAGAGUUAUUAUAUAAAAUAUGCCGAGGCACACAAAGGGGUCCAUGUCAAAACAUUGAUUUUAUGUAUCCAGGCACAAAAUGGUGUGGACCUGGUAAUAUUGCCAACAAUUAUUCAGACUUAGGUGUUUAUCGCGAAGAAGAUAUUUGUUGCCGAGAACAUGAUCAUUGCACUAGAACUUUAGUAACUGGUCAAUGCUACUUUAAUAUUUGUAACACUUCUCCGUACACUAGAUCUCACUGUGAGUGCGAUAGAAAGUUUCAGCAAUGUUUGAAUGAAGUCAAUACAUCUACUGCUCAUACUUUGGGCGUCAUAUUUUUUAAUAUUGUUAAAGUCAUGUGCUUCAAAGAAGAAUGUCUAUUUAGGAGAUGUAUUCAAAAGUUUGAAAUCAUACCAAAUUACCACCAACAAGGCAGAAGUUUGGAAAUUCUUACUACAGAUCAUCUAUUCAAUAUUUUUAUACAAAUUUUAGUAGAUUUUCUACAAUUGACCACAAAUGAGGAAAUCAAAUUGAAAUUCAAGAAUGGCUAUCAAGAAUUUCGGCUGUAAAAGCCAAUUAUGGAACUGUACCCUAGUUUAUGGUCGAUUGUUCAACGAUUUCUGAUAGCAUUCCCAUCAUCGUAUUUGUAUGAACGUGGAUUUAGUGCUGUAGCAACACUGCUAACAAAAAAGAGAAAUCAGUUGCUUGUUACUGAACGCGGUGAUUUACGGCUGUUUUUGAGUAAAUUUGAGCCAGAUAUUAACAAACUCGUUAAUGCGCAUCAAAUUCAUCCAUCACAUUAAGUAAAUUUUAAAUUUUGAAUUCA